GAGUUGGUGAUCAUCCCACUGGCAUAUCUCAUCAUCUUCCUCGUGGGCACGGUGGGCAACUGCCUGGUCCUGGCUGUGCUGCUGCGCAAUGGGCAGGUGAAGAACACCACCAACCUCUUCAUCCUCAACCUGGGGGUGGCCGACCUCUGCUUCAUCCUCUUCUGCAUCCCCUUCCAAGCCACCAUCUACACCCUGGAGGGCUGGGUGUUCGGGUCCUUCAUGUGCAAGGCUGUGCACUUCUUCAUCUACCUCACCAUGUACGCCAGCAGCUUCACCCUGGCCGCCGUCUCCCUUGACAGGUAUUUGGCCAUACGAUACCCGCUGCACUCGAGGGAGCUGAGGACACCCAGGCAUGCCCUCACAGCCAUCUGCUUCAUCUGGGGGCUGUCCUGCAUCUUCUCAGGCCCUUAUCUCAGCUACUACCAGGAAUUCCAGCUGGCCAACCUGACUGUCUGCCACCCCAUCUGGGAGAUCUCCCAGCGCAAGGUCAUGGACAUCUGCACUUUCAUCUUCAGCUACAUCAUCCCAGUGCUGAUCCUGAGCCUCACUUAUGUGCGGACUAUUCACUACCUGUGGAGGUCCGUGGAUCCUCUCCAAGACAUGUCAGAGUCCAAGAAGGCCAAGCGGAAGGUCACCAGGAUGAUCAUCAUUGUAGCUGUCCUGUUCUGCCUCUGUUGGCUGCCCCAUCACCUGGUCAUCCUCUGUGUCUGGUUCGGGUACUUCCCCCUCAAUCAUGCUACAUAUGUGCUCCGCAUCCUCUCACAUCUCAUCUCCUAUGCCAACUCCUGUGUGAACCCCAUUGUCUACGCCCUGGUCUCCAAACACUUCCGUAAGGGCUUCAAGAAGAUUUUCAUCUGCCUCUUGCACAAGAAGGCAGCCAACAAGGUGCACGUGGCCCAAGUGAUGAACACCAUCAGCACGCUGGAGGCAGAGCUCAGCGAGGUUACCCACAUCAGCAAAGCCCUGCCUGCAUGCUCCUCCCUGCGCUGCAAGGUCCCAGCCGAGCCCUGGGGGGAGGCAGAGUUGGUGGGACAUCAGCAGAAAGCAGAUGGCUCCUUCAUCACCUUCAACGUCACCUAG